GAUGAAUUCAGGAAGGUCUGAGACCAUGGAAAACUUGCCUGCUCUCUACACUAUUUUCCAAGGAGAGGUUGCUAUGGUAACAGACUAUGGAGCCUUUGUCAAAAUCCUAGGUUGUCGGAAGCAAGGUUUGGUCCAUCAAACUCACAUGUCAUCCUGUCGGGUGGAUAAGCCCUCUGAGAUAGUAGAUGUUGGAGACAAAGCAUGGGUGAAGCUUAUUGGCCAAGAGAUGAAAAAUGAUAGAAUAAAAGUAUUCCUGUCCAUGAAAGUUGUCAACCAAGGGACUGGGAAAGACCUUGAUCCCAACAAUGUUAUCACUGAAAAAGAAAAAAACAGAAGCGUAGAGACAGGAAGUCAUCUGACAGCUCAGACUCUGAGAGUGAUACAGGCAAGAGGUCAAGGCACACAUCAAAAGACAGCAAGGCAGCAAAGAAGAAAAUAG